AUGGAAGUCAUUUCCAGUUCUCAGCAAGAUGACAUUUACUCUGCGUUCGAUCUCUCUUUUGACUACCUCAAAAGAAAGCAAACCGUCGAGAGCCAGGACGCUAUAGAGAUCCUCAAUGUUGUCAGUUUCUAUCACUUCCGGAACAUUCGUGUAGACAUAUUUGAAAGAGCUCUGGAGAAUCGGCAGACCUCCACAACUGCUUCUACGUUUAGGGAAGCCCUGACUAGGCGCCUUCAACCUCCAGUUUUGCUUCCACGUUUUCUCCGACGAGAUGUUGCAGAUACGGAGCCGCUUUACGUGAAGUCUGCACUGAGGGAGCUAUACAUAUGCUCUCUCAUUAACUACGAAGAAGGUACUAACAAGUUCUACCUGCAUCCGUUAGUACAUACCUGGGCCAGGGAUCGCAUCAACCCAAGCCAACGAAAGGUCUGGGCUUAUAUUGCCCUGAACACCCUCCUGGAGGCUGUUACAUUGCCAUCAGGAAAGGACCAUGAAACAGACUCACAAUUCCUGAGGGACAUUAUCCCCCACCUCGACGAAUGCAUUGCUGCGAGUCCAGUCGAAAUCAAGAUCUUCAACAGUCGGCUUGGUAGCUUUGGAUUUAUAGGUCUUAAUCUGAUUCUGCCAACUAUGUUUUACAUCCUGCGAGCCCAAGCUCGAACUGCUGCCAAGUGCGGCUAUUUAUAUGCUCAAUCAGGUCGCUUUUCCCAAUCAGCCCAUUACCUCUCAAUGGUGAAGGAUUUAAUGGUACAGACCCUGGGAUACGACAACGAGAUCACGCAGAGAGCAACCCUAUUUCUCGCGGAUAUUCUCUGGGGCUUGGGGCAAUUGAAAGAUUGCAUCACUCUACAGAGUCAGAUUGUCGAAGUCCGUACGAGACGUCUCGGCACUUUUCAUCGUGAGACCUUGCAGGCUAUGGCAAAAUUGGGCCAUUCAUUUUGGCUGAAUGGGCAAUAUGUCGAGUCCUUGCAUGUACUUGAAGACACUGCGCGAAUGUCAAGCGAGGCAUUGGGUCCCAAAGAUUUGGACACGCUCAUUGCAUUAGAUCAUCUUGGAGUAACAUUAGGUUCAUGGCAAAGAUAUCAGGAAAGUAAAGCCCUACACGAGAAAGUUCUGGAGAUCCGGAAAGACAUCUUGGGCGAGGACGACUUGGAGACCCUGACCACAAUGAGCAAUUUAGCCAUGGCUAUGUUAGACCUUGAGCAACGAGAACAAGCGCAACGAAUGAUGCAUCUGGUGUACGAAACGCGCAAAGAAAAGCUAGGUAAAGAGCAUCCGUACACUUUGUGGGCACUGUGUUAUCUCUCAAAAGUCCAUGUGGAGUUAGGACGUCUUGGCGAGGCAGAGGAUAUGCUGGUGGGUGGGAUUGCGGCGGGGAAACGGAGCCUUGGUGACGAGCAUCUUGGUGUCCUCAUGGGAUGCGGGGAACUUGCACGGGUAUAUGCACGACAAGGCCGUCUCGAUGAGGCUGAAGAACUCUCGCAGAGCACACUUCGAAGAGUUAAAGAGUCUCGCGGCAGUGAGCAUUAUGAUUAUAUUUUUGGGAUGUGGAAACUCGGUCAACUCUACGAACUGCAAAGUCAAGUUGCUAGGGCACUGGACGCAUAUCGAAUUGCGCUCGAGAAUACCGAGGCACGUUUGACCACAGAGCAUCCACUCUCUAAGCAAAUCGAAUUACGGAUAAUUGCACUGGGAGGCUUUUCAUUGCCUACGUAUGAGAAGGGCGCAGAUGUUGAAACUGAUGUUGACAAACAACGUUCUGUACAUGAUAGCCUUUGGCCUUCCACUUAG